AUGGCGGAAGGGACAAUGAAGGAGGCUUUUGACAAGUGUUAUAUAUUUCUUUCRCAGAUACAUGGUAGACAAACACUUGACGAAAACAUUGCUGAUAAUGGUGGAAUACGAAUCGCUUACGAGGCCUACUGCACAUCUCUAAAGUUCGAUGGCCCCGACCAAUCGUUACCGGGAAUCAACUUGACACAAAAACAAUUGUUCUUUUUAUCCUUUGGUCAGCUAUGGUGCAAGCACAAACCAAGAGCAUCAGCCAUCAAUUCMUURCAUACAGAUGUACAUAGCCCGGCCAAGGCGAGAGUCAAUGUUGUUCUACAAAAUAUGAAGGAAUUUGCUGAAACGUUCAACUGUCCAAAAGGAUCUCCAAUGAACCCUGAGAAAAAAUGUGUGAUUUGGUGAUCUUGGAAGCUCAAUAUUUAACGGGAUAGCUAAAUAUAAUUAUUUUUACAAAUAAAUUAGAAUUAGCCACGCACUUUGCAAAUAGUAAAUAACUACUAAUGAUUUCUAAUUAGACUUAAUARUAUGGUCUGGAUGAAACUWACUGKCUGACAAAUGGCUAAGAAUUUAUCCGACAAAUUUCUAAAGGCCRAACAAGACGAUACCCUUACAAAUAUCGUAUGCAACCUUUGAAAGUCAUCCUUAUAAUGUGGCGACAAUUGUCUUAGCGCUAUUAAGCAAUUGUUUUAAAUCUCUACGACAGCUUGUUGUAGCCAUGUUGAAAGGAUGACUAUGGCAUGCUGCAUUCGAUGGUUUGUAUGCAAAAGUUGUACCGUCUAAUUCGGCCUGAAGAAUCUCGUUUAAAAAUAAAAACUACGUCAAUUUGAAAUGGGAAUAGAAUGGUUAUAUUUUUAUGGGUUUAUACCUUAUAUUUAUUCAGCCUAAUUAUGGCUGUUUAAUUUGAGACUGAAUAAAAAAUACUUUGAAAUAACA